AUGACACCACCGAACCCCCUUGCUGACUGGGAAAGAGUUGGAGACCAGUUUUAUAGAAAGUCUCGGAUCUAUGAUGCCGUGUUUGAUGAGGAUAUUGAGCUAGAGAAUUAUAUUGCCGUGGGUGCUCCAUACGGCGGCGCUAUAGCUCUCCACAGGGACGAACGAAGGCUGCAACGAUACAGGGAUGCUCAGACAUCAAAAUCAAGUAUUGACAUUUAUUCCUGCUCAGGGCAACGUAUUUGUCGGAUAAAUUGGGAUCAUGGGUCCAUUCGUGGUUUGGGAUGGUCCGACGACGAGAGAUUGUUGGCUGUCACUGAAGAUGGUACUGUUCGUUGCUACUAUGGCCUCAGUGGAGACUUUACACCAUUCUCGCUAGGAUCCGUAGCCGAGGAAUAUGGUGUAGUUGGGUGCCGAUUUUGGACUACGGGAUUUGUUGCGUUGUUGUCAAAUAACCAACUCGUUGCAGUAUCUCACUAUGACGAACCACGCCCGAAGUUACUAGCGCAAUCUCCAGAAGGCGAGAUUAACUCAUGGUCGUUGAUACCCCCUACCUAUACCCUUUCCCGGUCAGUUGAAGUCCUACUUGCAAUAGACAAGACUAUCUACGUUGUGGAUGCAGCCGACUCUGAGGACCGCAUGCUACAGAAUGGACCCUUCAAACAUGUUAGCGUAUCACCAAAUGGGCUUUUUGUGGCCCUGUUCACUGGGGAUGGAAAGUUGUGGGUUGUUAGUAGUGAUUUCCAGAACAAGUUCAGUGAAUACGACUCACACGCCAGAACUCCCCCCGGCUCCGUGACUUGGUGUGGGAACGAUGCGGUUGUCCUUGCUUGGGAAGACGAAGUCCAUAUGGUUGGACCAAACGGUGCUGCGGUGAAGCAUUUUUAUGAUGGCCAAGUCCACAUAAUUCCAGAUAUUGAUGGGAUUAGAAUUUUAACAAACGAUGUGUGCGAGUUUCUGCAUAAAGUUCCUGAUGCCACCGAGGAAGUUUUCCGGCUCGGGUCGAGUGCGCCAGCUUCCGUUUUGCUUGACUCUGUUGAGCAGCUUGAAAGGAAAUCAUCUGCCGCGGACGAGAAUAUUCAGAGAAUACGUACCAGUUUAGUCGAGGCUGUAGAUACAUGCGUACGGGCUGCCGGGUACGAAUUCAACGCUUAUUGGCAAAAGCAGUUGCUCAAGGCAGCAUCCUUUGGGAAAUCCAUCCUAGAACUUUACAACAGCGAUGAGUUUGUUGAUAUGUGUGAAAAGCUCCGUGUCUUAAACGCUGUCCGGGACUAUAAAAUUGGCCUACCAAUCUCGUACGAACAGUACAUGCGGCUUACGCCAGAGAAGCUCAUUGAACGCCUGAUAAAUCGCCGGGAAUACCUUCUCGCCAUACGUGUUUCUGAGUAUCUACACCUUCCUGCCGACAGGAUCUUCGUUCACUGGGCAAUUCAGAAAGUCAGGUCGUCCACAGAAGACGAUGAUUCAAUUUGCCAGAUAGUUGUACAGAGACUUCAGGGAAAACAAGGAAUAUCCUUUGAAUCCAUAGCACGAUCAGCUCACGAGGAAGGCAGAUCACAUUUAGCAACACAGCUACUAAACCACGAGCCACGCGCUGGGAAACAAGUCCCAUUACUUCUCAGCAUGGAAGAAGACACUCUCGCACUCGAUAAGGCAACCGAGAGCGGAGACACAGACCUCAUCCUAUUUGUCCUUCUUCAGCUUAAACGCAAACUUCCCCUAGCUACCUUUUUCCGGACAUUGAAUAACCGACCCGUGGCUUCGGCUUUAGUUGAGGCAUCCGCGAGGUAUCAAGAUGAAGAGCUAUUAAAGGAUCUAUAUUACCAGGAUGAUAGGGUGAUAGAUGGCUCAAACAUCCAUCUUCGGGAUGCCUUGAAACAGACGGAUCUACACAAUAAAACUGACAAACUGCGUGUUGCCGCAAGGUUGCUGUCAGAUUCCAAAGAUACGGCUAUUCAGGCACAACUCAAAUCGCUAAAUGAUGCAGCAUAUCUCCUGAAAAUGCAGGACGGGCUAGAUAAAGACCUUGCAGACAAUAAUGAUUUGUUCACGGGUUUGAGUGUCAAUGAAACCAUCUACAGACUAAUUCGUUCUGGAUAUGGAAAACGAGCCAUUAAAAUCCAAAAUGAUUUUAAGGUGCCGGAAAAGACCUAUUGGUGGUUGCGCUUGAGAGGUCUCGUUGCGAAAAGAGAUUGGGGUGAACUUGAGGACCUGAGCAAGAACAGGAAGUCCCCAAUAGGUUGGGAGCCCUUCUACAACGAAAUUCUAGGGGCAGGAAACACAAAGCUUGCAUCCGUGUUCAUCCCCAAAUGUGCAUCGUUGACGGUGUCUGAGCGGAUCGAGAUGUGGAUGAAGUGCGGAAUGGUGACUAGGGCCGGUGAAGAGGCUUUGAAGGCAAAGGACCUGAAGGCUCUUGAGAGCCUUCGAACUCGCAUUUCCGGCAAUUCGGUGCUAGAAAUUGAUCGCAUGAUCAACCAAUUGAGGCCAAAGAGGUGA